GCGGGCUGGGUCCACGUGGACAAGGCAGGGGAGCGCGCCUCUCCCGCUUCGCCUCUCCAACAACAGGACUGGGGCACCCGACGCACGAAGGCCGACAGCGAGGCGGGCAGAGAGGCGCCGACGCCCGACCGCGUGCUCAAGCAGCCCAAGGUCGCGGCCAAGGCGAAGAAGAACGAAGACGCCCGAGACGCGUGGGACGAGGCAAGGCGGCGCCGGACGGCGCGACGGCGCGUUCCGGCCGCGCAGGAGCUGGAGGCCCUCGUGGCCGCGCAGGUGGAGGCAAACGCGGCGCGCAGCCCGGAGGCCGGGCUGCACCAGAGCUCCGCGUGGUGCCAGGGGCCUAGCGACCGCUUGGCGGCCGACAUGCGCGAACGGGAGCGCGCGCGGCGACAGGAGGCUGUGAACGCGGCGCGGGCGCGGCAGCAGGCUGCCCACACGAAG